GAGCAGUUGAUUACGAACAGCGAAGCGAAUAAGACGUGUGUAAUGUUGAGUGCUUAUAGUUUUUCGUAACUUUAACGAUUUUUCUAUAUAAGAUUUUAAUUUUGUUUUAUUUUGAUUUUUUCCAACAAUAAAAAAUAAAGUUUUGUUAAAAAAAUAAAUAAAUAAUAAAAAAAAAACAAUUAAGGAAUCACUGAGUUUUCUUCUUGUUUAGUCGAAGGAUUAAAAACAAAAACAAAAGUGAACCAAAUCACGGGGUGUUCAUUUUGAAAUUUUAAGGUGAGAUGCGCAACUGCUGCACGAAAGUCUGUUGCAAGUGUACAGGCAUCUAAACUUUUUAUUGCAAUAUUAAAAUUCCAACGGGAAGUGCAUUUUUGUCCUGAAUAAGAAAUAAAAAAGAAUUUAAGGAUUUCAUUUAAAAAAAAAAAAAUCUUUUGAGAUACAAUUGUUUUGAGUGUUUUUCUAUCUAUUAAGACAGCAACAAGCUACAAAACGUCUUAAACAACAAAAAAAAAACAACGCUGUUUUCCCGAUUUCAAACGGCUUGUUGCUUUUGAAUUUAAUAAAUAAAUAAAUUAAAAUAUUUCAAACUUCAAUUGAAAUCAAGUGUAAAUGAACUAAAAAAUAAAUUAAGUUUUGACUAUCAAAAACUUAAUGCAAACUAAACCAGUGACCGGUUACACUGAAAUGGCAUUAAAUCUUAAAGGUUUUUGGCUAAUACGUGCACCCAGAGACCCAGAAAUUCAAAUAAAUUACCCUCAAAGAGUAAGAUAAACAAACAAACAAAAAUAUCCUGCCAUACAAAAAUAGUAUAUCUUAUAACAGGAAUAUUCAAAUUAGUGCAAUUGUCCUAUUAAACAAAAAUUGUAAAUUAAGAAAAGACUGAACUUUUAUAAAACAAAUAGAAUUUGAUUUGUUUUUUUUUUUUUGAAGGAUUUUCCGUUUUCAUUUUUUGUUGUUUUAAAAGUGAAGUGAUAAAAAGUUUUUCAAGUGAAAAUUUGCCAAAAGAUAUUUUUAUUUUUGUGCUAAAAGAUUUUUAUUUUUAAAUAAAAUAAGAAAAAAUGGCUGUGCCAUUUUAUGUGCCAGAACAUGACGAUGGCAAUGAUGGAACAAGUUCAUCAUCAAGCCAAUCGCCAAAUACCACAUCAUCAGCAACUCAGACUCCUUUGCAGAGUCCUGUAAAUGGAGAACACUUGGUUAUGGCAUUUUGUGAAGCUUUAUACAGGUGCUCAAUAAAUGGUUCUCCAGUAUUUCAAUUCCCGCCACCAUCAAGUCCUUCAUGCAGUGCUCAUAGUCCUGGAUCAUAUACUGGGGGGGAUGUGUUCUUUCCGCGUGGACGUAGUACGCCAAGAUCACCAAGGAAUAGCUUUGGCGAUGAGGCGGCCUUCUUUCGUCAACAACAGCAACAACAACAACACAACCAAUCACAACAAACACCGAGAUUAAGUCGCCAUACAACAGAUGCUGCCAGACGUUCAAGGCUAAUAUCAACUGGAGAAGACGAUAAUGAAUGCCUUAGCGAACAUGAAACUAGUUGGGAUGAGUUCGACGAACGUUAUGACAAUUUUACCGCGGGACGUGAACGCUUGCAAGAGUUCAAUGGCCGAAUACCGCCACGUAAAAAGAAAAAGGACAUCCCAAAACCAAAGCCCAAGUCUAAGGAGCAAAGUUUUACUUGGCCAACCGUUGUCACAGUAUUCGUUGUUGCCAUGGGUUGUGGUUUUCUUGUUGCUCGAUGACUUUAAAAAUUAAUUGAAAUAUUAAACUAACCCCAUCAUAAUCCAACCGUUGGAGGAAUAAAUCACCAUUCGGAAAAAAAGAGAAUAAAAGAAAAGUUUCAUCAAGAAAACAAAAAUGGACUUUUUUUAAAUUUGUAUUCGAAACAAGCAGCAGAAUCAAUUAAUAAUGAUUUAUAUCUGAAUGAUAAAUUAGCAACGUUACUAACAUCCACACAGCAUACAAAAAGACAAAAGGAAAACAACAACAACAACAAAAAUUAUAACAUUUAAAAAAAUAAAAUAAAUCCUGCCUGUGAGCCCAUCCGCAACACACAAAAGGACUCCUACAAACAAAAACAGAAAACAAUAAGUAUUGAUUUUUAUAUUGUAUUUAUAUGUUUUUGUUUUUCUAAAUAAUUUUUAAAUUAGAAAAUUAACAAUAAAUACAGAAACAAAAAACAACAACAAAAUACAACUCUUACGUACAAAUAAAUAAAUAAACUAAGAAACCAACAACAACAAAAAUUACAAAAAACAUACAAAUUUUGAAUACUUUUUAUAUGAAUUUUUCGAAUAUUUUUACUUCUGCAUACAAAAACAGAAAAAAAAAACGAACAACAAAAACGCUUUUGAACUUGUUUUUUAAAUGCGCAAUAAAACAACAAAUAGAAAUAUAAAAUUAAUUUUUUAGAUGAAUUUUUGUAUUUUAUAUACUGCCAUAAAAUAAAAGUUAAAACAAACAAAACAAAAAUACUCAGUAUUUCAAUUGAAUUAUAUUUGUAAGAGUUUAAUUUUAAAAAAUAAAAUAAAAUACUUAAAAAAUAUAAAAAAACAAUUUAAAACAAAAUGAAGUGUGUUAAAUAUUUUGUAUUGAUUUUACAAUUUUAUAUAAACUAAACACAGUCUCAAACCAUGAUAGCAAUCGCUUUUUCAUUCAUUAAAAACAAAAUAAAAAAAAAGUAAAUCUAAGUGUAAUAAAUAAUCAAAUUAAAAAAUUUAAAAAUAAUUCGAAAAUAUUCCAAAAAAUUUCGAAAACUUUUUUAUAGGGUGAAACGACAAGACACUGCGUUCAAAAGCUCGUGGAAGGUACUUGGAUUUUAUUUUGUUUUAUUUGUGUCCUUUUUUCAGUUGCAAUUUACAUUACACGACGAUCCUUCGAAUAUGAUGUGUUUUAAUUUUUCAAUUAUUAAUACGAAUCAAAAAACAAUGCUUUUUUGAUUCCUUCCAAUAUCUUCCACAAGCGAUCGUUCUUUGGUUAUUCAAAGUUCGAUCCAUUAAUCCGGUGUUAUUCACCUUAAACCCAAAGCAAUUGUGAUUAUACUUAAAAAAAAGAAAUCAAUUAAUAUUGAAAUUAAAAAAUCAAUUAUAAAAAAAGUAUUUUUGAAAAUUAAAUUAAACUAAAUGUUAACUUGGUGAUAUUUAAAAUUUCACUUAACAUUUUAUAAAAAUAUAAACAAACAAAAAUUUAAACAUUUUUUGGUCAUUUUUGACAAGAUGAGGUGCUAAGAAAAAAAAAAAUUUGAAUUAUUCCCUCAAUUUGUUUAUUUUGUUUUUUUUUAUAAAUAAAUAUUUCUUUAAAAACUUUAAUUAAAACGAGUUAAAAUAAUUUUUUUUUAAAUUAGAAUAAUUGUUUUCAGUUUUCAGUUUUUUAAUUAUAUCUUUUUGUAUUCUCAAUUUUUUAUUAUAUAUAUUCAAUUAAAUUUUUUCUAUAUAAAAGAAAUUAUAUUUGUAAUUUAGUUUCAAUUUAUUUUUGUUUUUUAAUAAUUUUUAAAAAUAUAUGUAAUUUAAGAAAUAAACAUUUUUUUUCAUAAGCUUAUACAAUUUCAAAUAUAAUUUUAUUUCAAUAUAUAAUUUUUGAAAACGGCAUAGAAGAAGUGUUGAAACUGCCAUUGUGAUGAUUUUAUUUUUAAAAGUUAUAUAUUAAACUUAAUAAUUAUAAAAAUACAUUCUGUAUUUUUAUUUGCUUUUAAUUUCAGUGAAUUGUAGAAAAAUUAUCAAAUAUUAAAAUCUUAUUAAUGCUUAGUAGAUGAAUUUAAAUCUUAUUUUAUUUUUACUUUUGUUAAUAUCGAUUUUUUUAAUUUUCCUUAAAUAUUAAUUAAAAAUUAAGUUUAACGAUAGUUACAUGUGAAUUCUUAUUCUUAAAGCACAAGAAAUGGAGGGAUUUUUCUUUUAAGUUUAUGUAAAUAAUGUAAAUCUUUAUAAUUUUAUGAAAAUAUAAAUUUUCAAAACUUUGGUUUUCAUUGUGAAUAAAAAUAUUGAGUCAUAUGGAAAAGAAAGUUAAGAGGUUGUAAUGGUUUUCUUGGAAACACAUUUUUGGGUAGUUUUUGUAAAAAAUUUACAAGACCUAAAAAUUGUAAAUUCUCAGCACUGGAACCCUGAAAGGAUUAAGAGUUACUCAAAUUUCUUUCCAAAGCAAAAACCAUAUUUAAAAAAAAACCUUUAAAUAAACAUUUAAAAUUUGCUGAACAAACCUUAAAGUUAGAUGACUUUUCUGUGUUCAAUUUUGAGUUUUUAUUUGAAAUAAUUCCAAUAAAUUUAAACUUAAAACAAAAAUCCCUUAAAAGACAUUAAAAUAAUUAACUUAGAAAACUUUAAAAAAAAAAUGACCUUGUGCUCUAAGGAUAACAACGAACAGACUUUCAAAUUGGUCUCAAUAGUAAUUUACUCUGUUCAACAAAAAAAAACCAACACAUAAAUAAAUAUUUUAAGUUUAAUAUAUAAAAAUAUUAGUUUAUUUUUUUAGUAAAUCAUUUCCAUUUCCAUCAAUAGUAAUGGCAUCAAUAUUAAAAUUAUAUUGUUUCAGUUGACAUUAAAUAUUUUCAUUAGUUUUUUUUAUUGAAAAGUUCAUUUUUAUUAAUUUGUUUGACUUAAUUUUUUUAUAAAUUACUUUCAUUUAUUUAAAUUUCUCUCAUUUUAUAUAAUUUCAAAUAUAUUUUUCCUGAAUGUUUUGAAGGCUCAUUGAAGCGUAAUGUGAUCAUAUUAUUAAAAAAUUUUAGUUUUUGAAAAUUGUUAGAACUCUAAAGAAAAGAAAUUUUUUUUGGGAACGAGAAAAGACCAAAAUAUGAUUACAAAAUACUAAAUUUUGAAAUAAGACAUUUUUGCUACUUUUAAAAAAGUGUACAUACAAAAAAGCUUCACUAAUCAAAAAUUCUCUCACAAAAUUCAUAUUCCAUUCAAAUUUAUAGCAAUUUAAAAAAUUACACUAAAUAGAUCAAAAAUUUUCUAAAAUUAUUGUCAAAUGAGAAACAAAGCAACAAAAAACUAAUCGAAAAUAUUUAAAGUACGAAUUCAAUUUUUUAAUAAAAUUUAUACAAAAACAACAAAAUAACAACAAACAAAAAUUUAUAUAAGAAAUACAAUUUUUUUGUUAAACAAAAUGAAAAAAAAAAUAAAUAAAAUAUAUAAAAAUUCUAAUCGAUAUUAAAACAAUUCCCAAAAAAAUGUUGAUCUCAAACUUUUUUUAAAAAUAAAAACACAAAUUUAUACAAAUAAAUAAAAAAAAAAACAAACAAAAAUACAUGAAUAAAUAAAAGAUAUAUUAUAUGUUUACACAAAGCAAUUUAAACAAAAGAAAAAAACAAAAUCAAUACAAAAAUAAACACAAAAAAUCACACUUAAAGUGAUGAUUUUGGGUUGUACAUAUUUUUAUUUUAUUUUUAUAAUAAUAUAAGUUUAGUUUAAACAUUGGUUUCAGAAAAAAAUAUACAAAAUAGCUAAAUAUGGUCUUUUGAAUAAAAUAAAUGCAAUAAUUAAAACUUGUUGUUCUUUUGUAAAUUUUAUAUUCAAUUUGACUAAGACAAAAAUUGUUAUUUUGUGUCAAUAGUUUUCAAAUGAUCUCUUGAAUUUGGCUCAAAAAUAUUUAAAAAUAAAUCUUUUGAAAAAUAAAAACAAAAUAUUAUUUAAAUAAAGGUUGAUAGAGCAUUUUUUUUUUUUUUAAAUUAAGAAAUUACAAAAAGCAAUUCAAAUAAUUCCGCUUGUUACAAUCGAAGAAUUAUAUUAAUUAAAAAUUACGAUGUUUUUUAAUUAUUUGGUCUCAAAAAGGUUUGCAUCGACAAAUUGUACAAAUUUCACAAAAAUAAAUACAAAAUAUACACAAAAAUAAAGACUAAAAUGCAUAUUUCAUCCAGUAAAUAUAAACAAAUUAAAAAAACAAAAAAA